AACGCAGCCACAGCAGCGGCGUGGCUUAUGGUCAGGGUGGUGGCUUGGGCUCAGCUUGGCUAAGUAACUUGGUAGUUGAAGGUUGAUUAAUGCGGGUCAGUAAUUUUGUUGGUGUAUCAAUACUAAUCAGUUGAGAAAAAAGAACAAAAAAUAAUCAAAUUUGGAGAAGAACCUAUUUAUCAGUGAUUGACAAAGUUUGUCUCAGUUUAGCCGAAGAAAGCAGACCUAGAAAAUUUUUAAUCAAACGUUCCAGUGCUGAAUAGCUACAUAUAAAUCACACUACACGCUCAGGAUCACAGCUAGCAACAUGUCCAGCACAUCGCAAAAGCACAGAAACUUCGUAGCUGAACCAAUGGGAGAAAAGCCGGUGACUGAACUUGCUGGUGUCGGUGAAGUUUUAGGCAAAAGAUUGGAGGCGGCUGGUUUUGAUAAGGCUUAUGUUGUUCUCGGCCAAUAUUUGGUUCUGAAGAAGGAUAAAGAGUUGUUUCAAGAAUGGAUGAAAGAUACAUGCAGCGCAAAUACAAAACAGUCUCAAGAUUGCUACCAGUGCCUUUGUGAUUGGUGUGAAGAGUUCUUGUAAAUAUUAGGCAAAAUGAGUGACAUUUUUUUACUUUUGUAAAUGAUUGAAGUUGGUUUUUUUUUGUUUUUUUUUUUUUUUUUAACAAAAUGAUCUUUCAUAUAACUAUAACUUAAAAGCAUGUUCUACCAAAUUCAAUUGUAUAUAAUCCUUACCUGUACUAAAGAUGAAUACAAAUUUUAACCAAAUUUGAUAUGCUUCCAGUCAUCCUUCUUAUGGUCUACAACGCAAAGUAACCAGUAGCAUAUGAUUUGUGGAAUUUUAUUAUCAGAUUUUUACAUAAGUAUAAUAAUUAUCUACAUAGGUACUUUACUAGGAAUUACAUUUGAACCCAGUGUGAUGAUUUGAUAAAAUGCACACAGUCAUUGGCAAAUGCCUGAAUACGUGAUGGGUUGCCUUUUGACUUUAUUAUUCUGCAAAUGUGAUAACUUUGCAGGAAAGAAUAAAAUUAUGGAAAAUUCUUGAUAUUUUUCAUAGUACGAUACAAUGAUUCAAUUCCCUGAAACCUCUAUUACUUGAAACGAUAGUAAUUAUGAUGCACAAUUUCUAAUAACUCCAAUUUGGUGUCAAUAUCUUGGUAUUGGAUUGGUGUA